UUCAAAAAUCCGGCACCCGCUCUCUCCUCCUCCUUUCCCACCUUCUUCGGCCUCUUUUGAUUCCAUGAAGCUUGAUUUCUAUCAAGAAAGCUAGAGCCCACAAAGGCAUGCCCGUCAAGGCCUUUGCUUCAAAGCGGCUUGGCUUCAACCUCACUUCAAUCCCUUGUAAGUCUUCUCCCCAUUUCUUGAUUCAUUGCCCCUUUUCAGCUCUCCCAAACCCACUUUCUGAAACUGAAGGAUCCCACGAAAAAGAUGAUCUUUCCAUUGAUUCCCCCAAUGCUUGCAAAGUUUUUAAGCCACCCCAGAAAGUUACAGGUGAAUUUAGAGUUGAGCAGCCCCCAAUUUCUCAUAAGCUGUUUAAAUAUGCUCAGAAAUCGGGUUCUUAUAAAAGGGGUGAUUCCACAUUCUAUUCGCUUAUCGAGAACUAUGCUAAAAAUGGGGACUUUAAGUCUUUGGAAAUGGUUUUUGUUAGAAUGAAAAGUGAAAGGAGAGCUUUUGUAGAGAAGAAUUUUAUAGUAGUUUUUAGGGCUUAUGGAAACGCCCAUUUGCCGGAAAAGGCGCUAGAGUUGUUUGAUAGAAUGGUGGAUGAGUUUCACUGUAAAAGAACUGUAAAGUCUUUUAAUUCUGUUCUCAACGUAAUAAUUCAAGAGGGUUUAUAUUAUCGUGCAUUGGAUUUUCAUUCUUAUGUUAUUAAUAAGAAGGGUAUUAGGCCGAAUGUUUUGACUUUUAAUUUAGUUAUUAAAGCAAUGUGUAAGGCAGGGUUGGUCGAUAGAGGAGUGGAGACAUUUAGGGAAAUGCCAUCUUGGAAAUGUGAACCGGAUGUUUUUACUUAUUGUACUUUGAUGGAUGGGUUGUGCAAGGAAGAUAGGAUUGAUGAGUCGGUGGCAUUGUUGGAUGAGAUGCAAAUAGAGGGUUGUUUUCCGAAUCCAGCAACAUUUAAUGUGUUGAUCAAUGGGCUUUGUAAAAAAGGUGACUUGGCUCGAGCAGCAAAGCUUGUGGAAAAUAUGUUUCUUAAAGGUUGUAUUCCAAAUGAAGUUACUUAUAAUACUCUUAUACAUGGUUUAUGCCUUCAAGGGAAAUUGGAUAAGGCAAUUAGUUUGUUGGGUAGGAUGGUAGCAAAUAAAUAUGUUCCCAAUGAUGUUACAUAUGGGACUAUUAUCAAUGGCCUUGUUAAGAAAGGAAGAGCUGUUGAUGGUGCAGACGUCCUGAUGGCCAUGGAGGAAAGGGGGCAGCAGGGAAAUGAUUACAUUUACUCAACACUUAUUUGUGGGUUGUUCAAGGAGGGGAAAUCUGUAGAGGCACUGAAUAUGUGGAAGCAAAUGAUGGAAAAAGGAUGGAAACCGAAUACAGUUGUUUAUAGUGUUCUUAUAGAUGGUUUAUGUAAGGAAGGAAAACCUUUUGAAGCUAAGGAAGUUCUUUCUCAGAUGGUUAAUAUAGGUUGUGAACCAAAUGCAUAUACCUAUAGCUCCUUGAUGAAGGGAUUUUUCAAAAAUGGCAAAAGUGAUAUGGCAAUUCUAGUAUGGAAAGAAAUGAGAGAGAGAAAUUGCCCCUAUAAUGGAGUUUGCUACAGCGUACUUAUUCAUGGACUCUGUGAGGAUGGGAAGCUGAAGGAGGCAAUGAUGGUGUGGGGGCAGAUGUUGGGUAAAGGAUACAACCCUGAUGUGGUCGCUUAUACCUCAAUUAUAUAUGGCCUGUGCAACAAUGGUUCAGUAGAGCAGGGCUUGAAACUUUUUAACGAGAUGCUUUGUAAGCAUUCUGAUUCUCAACCUGACAUAAUCACUUAUAACAUACUUCUUACUGCUUUGUGCAAGCAAGAUAGGAUUACCCGUGCCAUUGAUCUCCUGAAUAAUAUGUUAGAUAGAGGAUGUGAUCCUGACACUGUGACAUGUAACAUUAUUUUGACAAUUGUAAAGGAGAAAAUAAAUCCAUCUCAGGAUGUGACAGAAUUUUUGGAUGAGCUAGUUUUACGGCUGUACAAGCGACAAAGAAUUGCUGGAGCAUCCAAAGUCAUUGAAGUGAUGCUUCAAAAGUAUCUUCAUCCCAAAGCAUGCAAUUGGGAACUUAUUAUUCAAGAGUUGUGCAAGCCAAAGAAGAUUCAUGCAGCCAUCAACAAGUGUUGGAAUAGCUUGUUUGGCUGAUCUGAGGGGGGUUAUUCAGUUGGCCGAUGGUCUAAAGCUUCUGGGCUGUGUGAGAGACUUUUGUGAAAACACUCUCCUGUGUUUCAGAGUAUGCCAUAUGCUUCCAAGCUGAAGAUUAUGGAGAUAAGAGGUUGUUCAAGAGAAAUUUGCAGGCCUUGUAUUUUCCUGGUGAAGAUUCCUGAUUUGAGCUUGGUUUUGGCUGGGAUUAUGGCUAGUACUAAAAGCCAUACAGAAGGAGGAAAGGACUUAUAAGAUGCAACCAAAAUCCAGUGAAGAAUAAAUUCUUUGUGAAUGAUCAAAGAAUCCCUGCUGAAAAAGUGCAUAAUUUCUACUGGCAUGAGGAUGGAGAUGAGGCAUGCAACGGUUCUCCUCGAUUUUGUUGAAGGUAUUAGAACAUCAGAAGGAAAAGGAUAAGAGGACGAGCUUGUUAGUCACUGUUUGAAAUAUUAUGUACUUCCUAGUUCAGUAGCGCUCGGGAUCCUGAAGGAUGCUUUUAUGGUGGGCACAGAGUUACUGUCCCUUUGAGGGCAUUAACAAGUAAAAGAAUAUUUCUUAUUCUUCGGAGCAACUGUAGCAUAUCUCAUAAUGGGAAACCGAAGACAAAAGGGCCAGAGGUGUAUCAUGCGGAGGAUGCUGAUUGUUUUGUAUACUAUUGCAGAGAACAAGGCCUCUUGAAUUUGCCUAAUACAUCCUUGAAGUGCCUUAAUUUCGUCAACCUCAUUGCAACCUUGCUGAGGUGGAACCAAGAAGUUCAGGCAAAUCUUAGUGAAGUUUCUUCGUAUUGAUUUUGGCAGAUGUACAUUUUCUAAAAGCUAACUUUGUAUUAGAAUAUUUAGGGAGCUGAUUAUGAAAUUACAGCUGUAGUGUGGUCAUUUAUGGCCUAGAAUUUCAGAAACUUUGUUGAAGCUCAACCUCCCACAAAGGAUGAGCUCUUGUAGUAAGAAAAGCUAAGGUCAGAACAAGGCUGAACCAGAAUAUAAAGCAAUUGUGCUCUCUUUCUCCC